UAUAUACCUACUGCCUCCCUUCCCCCUCUUCGAGGUUCAGAUCAUUCUUUUUCAGAAUCUAUAUGACAUCAGUACCACAACCAACGAUCAAUGGCUACUCAGGACUUAGCAAUGGGGCCAUGAACACGACCCAAUCCUUCAGUUCACCGGAGCGCCAUUUCACAGAAAACAAUAGAUCAGAUACAUCUCACUCAAAUGGCUAUUCCCAGCCAUCCCAUGUCCCACAUAACGAGGAAAUAAUAAACCAUCUGUAUCACUCGGGGUUCCAGACCGGUAACUAUGCAGACACUAUUCUUCAUGUCCAUCAAAAUAUCUAUCGCCUCCAUGCGAUUAUCCUAUCUCGGUCCCCGUACCUUGUACAUUUAAUGUCCACAUCGCCACAAGCAGUGGGUCAACGUGUGAUAUACGUUCAUCUUGAGCAGGAGCCAGAAGUCACCCAAGAGGGCUUUGCGAUAGCACUCGGAUACCUGUAUUCUUCUGUAUCGCUCAAUCUGAUCCACUCAUCGAACGCGCGAGGAGUUCUUGCUGCAGGGUGUUUACUUGGUGGCAUGGACGAUCUUUGCCAAUACGCCUAUGAAGCUUGUCAGCGCUCUAUCGGGCCAGAUACGAUCAACGAGUGGCUCAACUUCAUCAACAGUAAUCCGUCGGCGGAAGGAGCUGCCGCGCCCGAAAUGCCGCCCUCUUUAGUCUUUGGAUUAUACGCCCAACGGUUAAGGAAUGACAUACUCACUUUCCUUGUUGUCACGCUUCCCGCGCUCUUGGACAUUCCUUCAGGAGAUGUCUCGCCCCAGCCAGAGAGGGGACGAAGCAUGAUGCUUCAAAUUUUCUCCCAUGUCCCCUUCGAUUUAUUCAAGGCGGCAAUAGAGUCCCCUGCAUUCCAAAUCGGAUCCGAUCGUGCUCGUUUUCAAUUUGCAAAGGACGCUAUCGAGUUGAGAAAGCCGAGCGUCGCGCGCAAUGGAGGAUCGGAAGAGACAGUCGUUUUGGCGUUUGGUGGUGGGACUUCAGAUGGUAGUGCAGUGCAUGUCACUCGAAAAUUGCGUAAGCGGCCUCUCUGGAAGGUCAGUUCUCCUUGAGGCCUCGAGGGCGUGUCAUCGUUCCGGUGAUCUUGUAUUGCUACCGCAAUCCAUUAACCAGUAC